GGAAAAUCAAGCCAAGAGACAUAGGAAAGCGAAUUUUACAGACACUGAAAUAAGAGUGCUAUUAGAAGAAAUAAGUGUUGAUCAUAAAACAUUGUUUAUGGCCAACAACCAAACUGUCACAAACAGGUUAAAGGGGGAUAUUUGGAAAAGAAUAACUGCAAAAAUCAGUGCAUGCGGCGUGGCAGAACGUACACCACAAGAGGCGAAAGAAAAAUGGAGAUCGUUGAAAGGGGCCGUCCUAAACAAGCAGAAAAGACAGACGAAAACGGGAGGUGGACCACCAGAUAAACCAGUGCCAUACGAGGACAUCAUCGUGACCAUAAUUGGAGAAAAUUCAAACCUCUACACUGGAAUAGAAGUGCAAGGAACAGACACUUAUGAAAACCCACAAAUACAAGCAGUCGAGUGCAAGAAUAACACUGAAAAUACGUGUGUGGUUUCCUCGGAACCCACGCCACAUUGCUCAAAGGAAUACCCUGAGGAUUUGACAUCCGUCCAAACUAUCUCUGGUCCAACACCUUCAUCUCUCACUUUAACACCGCUUUUAAAUGUAGACACAACACUAUGUCAGGACGAUGAUAAUAUAGCAGUUGCUAUUGCAAAGUUAUUGUUUACGUUUAUUUUGUAA